AUGAACCCUAAACCAGCUACUAAGGGAGCAAAGAAGCCGGGUAAAACUCAGAAGGCAAAUCGGGCUGGUACCGACAAAAAAAGAAGAAAGGCCAGAAAGGAAAGCUACUCUGGAUAUGUAUAUAAAGUCCUCAAACAAGUACACCCCGAGACUGGUAUCUCAUCUAAGGCUAUGUCCAUAAUGAACUCAUUCAUCACUGAUAUCUUCGAAAGAAUCGCCAGUGAAUCAGCACGAUUGGCAAAAUACAAUAAACGUUCCACAAUCGCUUCUCGCGAAAUUCAAACAGCUGUCCGACUAAUCUUGCCUGGCGAGCUUGCGAAGCAUGCUGUGUCUGAAGGCACCAAAGCCGUGACCAAAUACACUUCCUCUAAAAACUGA